AUGGCCGUGUCUCCAGAUGCCCUCGUCAAGGCGCCCGCCGCGGGGUCGCACCAUCAAUUAGAUACUAGCCAGGUCCUCCGCGCAUCUACUGCCCUCCUCUCGCACAUAAAGGCCGAAGACCAGCGCAAGGCGGCGGACUCGACGGUCAAGAAACUGCCGCUGGGCGACGACGACGAGGACGAAGAAGGAGAGGAUGAGUUCACAGACAAAUCCCCCAUCUGGCUCAUCCUGACCACCAAGAAGCAUCUCGUGGACAAGAACAGGCUCAAGCCAGGCAAAAUCGCCGUCCCUCACUCCCUCAACCCCUCGUCAAAUCUCAGCAUCUGCCUGAUAACGGCCGACCCUCAACGAGCAGUCAAAGAUACCAUUGCAGACCCCCACUUCCCACAGGAGCUAGCCGGCAAGGUCACAAAGAUCAUCGGUUUCUCGAAGCUCAAGGACAGAUACAAGUCGUUUGAGAGCAGGAGACAGCUGUUGUCUGAACACGACAUAUUCCUGGCCGACGACCGCAUCAUACUGCGCCUUGUAAACACGCUGGGGAAGAUAUUCUUUAAAUCUACCAAACGGCCUAUCCCCAUACGGAUUGACGAGAUUCAAAAGGUUGACGGCAAGCGAGUCAAGGCCGCCGACAAGAAGAGACCGCCGACAGACGAAAAGGCCGCAUCUGUUGCUUCGCCGGCCAUAGUCGCUAAGGAGAUCGAGAAGGCCAUAUCGUGUGUUCCUGUCAACUUGGCGCCGGCUGCCACGGCCGCUCUGAGGGUGGGGUGGUCGAACUGGCCGGCCGAGAAGGUUGCAGAUAACAUCGCCGCGGUGGUGGAUGGUAUGCUUGACAAAUACGUGUCGAGAGGAUGGCGUAACCUCAAGGCCGUGCAUGUCAAGGGCGCAAAUACGGCUGCCAUGCCCGUAUGGCUGGCCAACGAGCUGUGGGUGGAAGAUGGGGAUGUGAAGGAAAACAAGGAAGGGGAAGAGAAAGCCGUCAAGGGCAAGAAGCGGAAGAGCAUUGCCGAGGGAGAGGGAGAGACGGAGGGAGACAAGCCCAAGAAGACAGCCAAGCGGUCGAAGCUCGUCACCGAUGGGAAGAAGGAAGGCGAACGGGCAGAGGAAGAUGAGCUGAAAGCCGCAAGGAAGGCGAAGUUGCAGGCCCAGAAGGCCAAGGCCGUUGCUCAGGUUGAUGGCGGGGAUGUACCUGCUCUGCCUGCCGCGAAGACUAAGGCGGAUAUCAAGAAACCGAGAACGAAGCUGGCGAAGAAAUCUAAAGCGUGA